UUGUUACAUUGUUAGAAGAACACUCCCAUUGAAACGCCCAAAAUCUACUAACUGUCUAACUGUCACAUUUUCUCUCCUUUGCAUCAACCUGCAAGAACUUGCUCAUUGAAUUCCAUAACGUUUCCGAAAAUCAUCCUUUUCACUAGCAUUCUACGUAGAGAAUUGAUAGUUACAACAGUGAUUAUACACGAUGAUGGUGGAAGAUCUCGGCAUCGAGGCCAAGGAGGCGGCCGUGCGGGAGGUUGCAAAGCUUCUGCCGGCGCAGGAGGUUUUGCAGUCGAUCUCUUCGAUCAAAGCCGACUACAUAGCUCGCCAACAGGCCAAUGAUGCGCAGCUUAGUACAAUGGUUGCUGAACAGGUUGAACAAGCACAAGCUGGUCUGGAGUCGCUUGCUUCUUCUCAGAAGACCAUAAAUCAGCUCCGAGAGAACUUCAUUUAUAUUGAAAAGCUAUGCACAGAAUGCCAAACGCUAAUUGAAAAUCAUGAUCAGAUAAAGCUUCUUAGUAAUGCAAGGAAUAACCUGAACACUACUUUGAAGGAUAUAGAGGGAAUGAUGUCAAUUUCUGUUGAGGCUGCUGCAGCGCGGAAUUCCCUAAGUGAUGAUAAAGAACUCAUCCACACAUAUGAGAGGUUAACAGCUCUUGAUGGAAAGCGAAGGUUUGCAUUAGCUGCUGCUGCUUCUCAUAAGGAAGAGGUUGGCAGACUAAGGGAAUAUUUUGAAGAUGUAGAUCGCACAUGGGAAACAUUUGAGAAAACAUUAUGGGCUCAUAUUGCCAACUUCUUGAAACUUGCUAAAGAGAGCCCACAAACACUUGUUCGAGCUAUAAGGGUUGUUGAGAUGCAAGAAAUCCUAGACUUGCAAGUUGCUGAAGAAGCAGCCGAGGCUGAGGGAGAUGAGGCAAUGGCAGCAGCAAUAACAAAUCCUCGAAAAAAUGCCAAAAAAUUUAGUAAGGCACCAGCUGCUUCUUCUAGGAAUCUUAUGCAGCAAAAGUUGAAGGUUCAAGGAAAAGGCUACAAAGAUAAAUGUUAUGAUAGUAUAAGAAUGUCUGUUGAAGAACGUUUUGACCAGCUGCUCAAUGAGGAAGACCUUAAAACAGCUAUAGAUGAAGCAAAAUCAAUGGGGGAAGAGCUUGGAGGUAUAUAUGAUUAUGUGGCUCCUUGCUUUCCUCCAAGAUAUGAAAUUUUUCAGCUCAUGGUUAACCUUUAUACUGAGAGGUUUGUUCAGUGGCUGAGAAAACUUAGUGACCAAGCAAAUAAUAUGACAAAUAUAGAGAUUUUAAAGGUCACUGGUUGGGUGGUUGAGUACCAGGAGAGUUUAAUUGCACUUGGAGUUGAUGAUGGUUUGGCUCAAGUUUGUUCUGAAAGUGGUUCAAUGGAUCCCCUCAUGACUGCAUAUGUUGAGAGAAUGCAAGCAACAACUAGGAAAUGGUACACGAACAUUCUAGAGGCAGAUAAAGUACAGCCACCAAAAAGCACCGAUGAUGGAAAACUAUAUACACCUGCUGCUGUUGACCUGUUUAGGAUCCUUGGAGAGCAAGUGCAAAUAGUGCGAGACAAUAGCACUGAUGUCAUGCUAUACAGAGUUGCUUUGGCACUAAAUCAGGUCAUGAGUGAUUUUCAAGGAGCUGAAAAAAAGGGAUUACAAGAACCAGCCGCUGAAAUUGGUCUGGAACCUUUAUGUGCAAUGAUAAACAAUAAUCUUCGCUGUUAUGAUCUUGCCAUGGAGCUGAGUUCUAGCACCAUUGAAGCUCUUCCAGAGAAUUAUGCUGACCAGGUUAGUUUUGAGGAUACAUGCAAAGGCUUUCUGGAGGUUGCGAAGGAAGCUGUUAAACAAACGGUCAAUGUAAUUUUUGAUGAUCCUGGAGUGCAGGAAUUACUCGUCAAGCUGUAUCAAAAAGAGUGGUUGGAAGGACAGGUUACAGAGUAUCUGGGGGCAACGUUUGGGGAUUACUUCACAGAUGUGAAGAUGUACAUUGAAGAAAGAUCGUUUAGGCGUUUUGUUGAGGCUUGCCUGGAAGAGACUGCGGUUGUUUAUGUAGACCAUCUGCUUACCCAGAAACAUCAUAUCAAGGAAGAAACAAUAGAAAGGAUGAAGCUAGAUGAAGAGGUUCUCACGGAUUUCUUUCGCGAGUAUAUUAGCGCUUCUAAAGUAGAGACCAAACUAAGGAUACUUGGUGACUUAAGAGAACUUGCUUCUGCAGAGAGCCCCGAAUAUUUCACGCUUGUGUAUACAAAUAUUCUAGAGCAUCAACCGGAUUGUCCUCCAGAAGUUGUUGAAAAGCUUGUGGGGUUGCGAGAAGGAAUACCACGAAAAGAUGCAAAAGAGGUGGUUCAAGAAUGCAAAGAAAUUUAUGAAAAUUCUCUGGUUAAUGGUCGCCCUCCAAAGACAGGGUUUGUUUUCCCAAGGAUCAAGUCCCUAACGCAAUCCAAAGGUGUUGCUGGUUAUAUGGCGAAAGCUCACCUAUGGGGACAAUAACACUGAAGAAUUUGCUUUUAGAUCAUUCAAGCGAGCUCAGCAGACCCGCUGUGGGUUCAAAUUGUUUGGUUAUAGGUGCCACGGAGUACAUAAUAAUGAGGUUUAUUAUUAUUAUUAUUAUUUUUUAAACAGAUUUACUUAGUGUAGUGGUUACAAAUUUUUCUUGACAUAAAAAAAUAAAGAGGAUAUUUUUAAUCCAUUGUGAUUUCAAAAAUAAUUUUUUUUUUUUGUUUUUGUUUUUCUUACCACAUUGGUGUUAUCAUUCUUUUAUAUUCGAUCUUUUGUACAUAUAUUUUUUGUAAAAUAAAAUACAAUUACAUUGAAUAAAAUGUAGAUACAAUAAUACUAUAAAACUUCUCUAUAUUUACAAUAAUAUCAUAUAAUAAUCAACCAUUUUCUUCAUUAUUAUUAGAUUGCAUAGUUAAUAUAUGUUGUAAUUAAUCAUGUUUUUCUGGAGGAUAAGAAUGCAGAUAGUUUUCUAUCUCCCUGCUUCUUGUUGAACAAGUCACUCGGAGGCAAGAAAGAAUCAGCAGACAGGCCCUUAACGUUAAAGUCGACUUCCUCAAUGCUCCAAACCUCUUCCAUCCUGGUUACGGUGUGAGGUUGGGAGUUUUGGUCCAAUCGCGACAACGAAACCGAGGUUCUGCCGGCGUGAGCUAUGUUGACUCCUUUGAGGGUGCGGUAGUCUUGGAUGAGGGACGUCAUGGUGGUCUCCCAGAGGACGUCGUCGUUUCCGGGGGAUUUGAUUCUGAGAAGGUGGGAGUCUUGUAGCUGGAUCAGGAGGCCGGUUCGUUGGCUGAAAUAGCCCCACACUGUGUGCCUCAUUAUCUCCACGUUGCUGCUGCUCCUUGCUUUCAGAGCUGUGGGUUCCGCUUCCAGUUUCAGGACGAAACAUUCCUCUCCGUUCACCGUUCUCUCGCCGCUGCAGAUUGAGUUGGAGAAGAGAUUUGCUGUUGACAUUGGAUCCAGACCCUGCCAUGUCCAUUGUGGAAUAUAUACUUACAAUGGGAUGGUCGUUGAUUUUGUUGUUGGGGAAAUGGUGGGGACGGACGGGAUGAGGGAUAAGAGGGGCUCCGAUGACGCCAAGCAAGAGCUGAAUUUCGGCGUUCCGGCCGCCGGAAAUGGAGGGUUCCCGGUGGGAUUUGACCCAGGCUUUCACGUCCUUGGGAGAGGAGUAUACUUCAUUCGGUAUCGGAACUUCAAGAACCGUUUCUAGCCCAUCCAUUCUGUCCAAGUUGGGGCACAAAGUCCUCAUCACACCCACCCAAAAACCGCCGAAUCUAAGAAGAACUGAAGACAAACUAUGGGGUAGAGAAAGAAGAAGAAGAAGAGAUUUUUGUUGAAGAAUUUAGGAUAUGGAAAGACCAACCGACACAACACCAACCCAACGUGGUAUUCUUUGUCUGCUGUGUCGUGAUCGCACGCAAUAUAAUGUAUGUAAUGCUCAGAUUCUUAAUUUGCGCUCUGAAAUAGAAAAAUUCGGGUUGGUACAACCUUUGCGCUGGCCGGUGGUUGCUCGGAGACUUGUGAUGAGCGGAUAGAGUACUAUACGUGUUGAUCGGAUAAUCCCCCUGAUAUUUGUUUUGCCUUCUGUGCAGGAAUGUAUGUUUUGCAUAUAUAGAACAA